CCAAAUUACCUAAUAAUUUAAAUAUCCUUUAGCAAAACGUACAAAUUCUCUGCUUCAUGGUUACGUCUCUCUCCAUAUUUCUAUCUCUCUCAGGUCAAAAGCAACAAAACAUAAAAACCUCUCUCUAUCUCUCCCCACCUUUCAUCCACAAUCUUGUUUCAUAUCAACCUCAACAACCUCUUUAACAAACCACAAUAACAAAAACCCACAAACUAAAAAAACAAACCACAAAACACUAUCCUCCAAGAUAUAAAAAAAAAAAUCCAGCGCCCAACUAUCAUCCAUCAUCCUCCGCCGCCUCACCCUAUCAUCUUCACCCACCGUCCCUCUUUCUCAAGAGUCGAUGGCAGAAUUCAGAAACAAAAACAACACCCAUACGUCGUCGUCUAGGGUUCCGAUCUUCAACCGUUCUUUGACAACGAUUCACUCAGAAGAAAAACAAGCUUUACAAAAAACCCAAAACCUCGAACGCGUCGCCUCGCUUCGCGGCAGGGUCGUCAAAAAGCUCUGUAGUUUGUUCGAACCGGAAACACCGUCUUCACAAGAAGAAUCAACACCUUUCUCCAACAAACCAAAACCCUUGAAAUCAACCGAAUCAGCAUCGGUUUCAAAAUCGUUGGAUGCUUCACGGAUCAUUCGAUUACCGGGAACAGAAGAUCGAAUCGUGUUGUAUUUCACGAGUUUGCGUGGAAUUAGACGAACGUAUGAAGAUUGCUAUGCUGUUAGGUUGAUAUUGAGAGGAUUUAGGGUUUGGGUUGACGAAAGAGAUGUUUCGAUGGAUUCUUGUUACAGGAAGGAACUGAUGAAUGUGUUGGGUGAGAAGAGUAUGAAGAAUGUUACCCUUCCUCAGGUUUUUAUCCGAGGGAAUCUCGUUGGUGGUGCUGAAGUGAUGAAGCAGCUUUGUGAGAUUGGUGAACUGGGGAAGAUCUUGGAGGGUUUUCCGAAGACGAAAGCUGGGUUUGUUUGUGAGAGUUGUGGUGAUAUUAGGUUUAUGCCUUGUGGGAAUUGUAGUGGAAGUAGGAAGGUUUUUGAUGAGGAUGAAGAGUUGUUGAAGAGGUGUUUGGAGUGUAAUGAAAAUGGAUUGAUUCGGUGUCCGAAUUGUUGCAGUGCUUAAGAUUCUUUUCGACGCGUUCAUUAGUAGUUCGUGUCUUUGCAAUUGCAGCUUGUUUAUUGUUGCUUGCUUGCAAGUUUUUAGGGUUUGAUAUAUAUAUAAUUUGAUCAAGAUCGAUUCAUUUUUCAGUUGUUGGUGGUGUCGACAGGGGUUUAUAUAUAAAUAAAGGUAUGCAAUGUGAUUCUGCGCGACCACAUUAGCCAUCAUGGAUCAGGAUUCUUUGUAAUAUCAAUUAAAGUUCACGAUUUGGCUGUAUAGUGAGCGUGACUCCAGUUGAGACGACACCAGCUGCUGCCAUCAUCGACACAUAUAUGGUUCAAAAUCUUGGUUAUAUUAUGGUUCAAACUUCUCUUUGAAUUUUAUAUGGUUGUUUUAAUUUAUUUGUUUAUAGGAAUUGUGUGAUGAGCUGAAGCAGAUGGUGUUUUCAGCUCCUUGAACUGGAUUUUGUUCAAGAGUGUGCUUUUAUCACCCGAAGGAAAAAGAAUUUGCUAAUUGGGUUUGAGUUUGUAUGCAUGUUGUAGUUCAUUCCUGGUGAAGAGAGUUUCUCAUCAAGGGAAUGUAAAUAUUAGUGUAAUGAUAUAUGAUUCCUUCAAGGGAUUAACAAAUAUUGACAAUUGAAAUUUAUAUGCAUGUUUGUUGUUUUUGUGCCUAAGAAAUGAAGAACAAGUAAUUCUGUGUAAUUUUCAUUAUUGUGAUGGUAAUGAAAAUUCUUUACUAUGUUUAA